AUGGAGGGAAAUAUCAAGGAUGUUAUCAAAUAUUGGAUAGAAGGAGAAAUUGAAAGUUUUGUUAAGGUAUGGUUAUUAAUUUAUGUAUCACUUUGUUAUUGCUAUUUAUCAUCUAAAAUUCUUCCAAAAGGUUCAUUUAGGCUCUUUUCUUUUUUACCUGUGAUAUUUUUUUUCCUUUAUGUUCCACUUAAAAUUAAUUCUGUUCAUCUUUGUGGUAACACUGGUUUUUUCAUUUCUUGGCUUUGUAAUUUUAAACUUAUUUUACUUGCUUUUGACCAAGGUCCACUUUCUGAUUCUUCACUUUCUAUUAUUAAAUUUGUAUUUCUUGCUUGUUUACCUAUCAAGAUUCAACAAAAAUCUCAACUUUAUGUGGAAAAUGAGGUUAAUAGAGAUAAAUUUCAUCAAAAUAGUCAUUUUCAAGAAACCCCUUCUCUAAAUUCAUCUGAAAAAAAGAAUUUUGCAAAAAAUGACCAUUUUCAAGAAACUCAAUUUCCAAACUCAGAUGAUAAAAUUGAAAACAACCCUUAUCAAGAUGGAUAUUUUUAUGAAACCCCAUCUAAAAAGUUAGUUGAAAAUGGUUCUAUUGUGCAAAAUGGAAAGGAGUUUGCACAAAAUGGCCAUUUUCAAGAAACUCCAUUUCCCUCUUUUGCAAUCUCCAACAAAGGCCAAAUGUUAAAUUAUGGCAUAAAGACACUUCUUUUUGCUUUAAUUAUUAGAGUUUAUGACUAUAGUGAUUAUAUACAUCCCUAUAUCAUUAUGGUCAUCUAUUGCUUCCACAUUUACCUUAGCUUAGAUAUUAUUCUAGCUAUUGUUUCGGGCUUGGCCCGCGGGAUUCUCGGGCUUCAGCUCGAACCACAGUUCAACGAACCGUAUUUAUCAACUUCACUACAAGAUUUUUGGGGCCAGCGUUGGAAUCUCAUCGUCACUCGUAUCCUUAGGCCCACUAUAUACAAGCCCGUUCUAAGCCUAUCCGCGAACAUUUUGGGCCGGAAGUGGGCCCCAAUUCCCGCGGUGAUGGCUACAUUCGCUGUUUCGGGCCUAAUGCAUGAGCUAAUAUUUUACUAUUUGGGCCGGGUUAAGCCCACUUGGGAGAUCACUUGGUUCUUUUUGCUUCAUGGGGUGUGUUUAAACGUCGAGAUUUAUGCUAAGAAGGUGAUUAACGGUAGAUUUAAGCUACCACGGAUUAUCGGGACAAUCUUGACCAUUGGAUUCGUUAUGAUCACGGGUUUCUGGCUGUUUUUUCCACAAUUGUUAAGGUGUAAUUCUGAUGUUAGAGCAUUUGCAGAGUAUGAAGCAAUUGGUGCAUUCUUUAAGGAUGUCACUAGGGCUGUGAAUUCAACAUUUUCGAGAUAAUUCAUCAAGUAGGCGUGUCAAAUGGGCGUGCUGAAUUACAUUUGAACGGGCCAAAACGGGCUGAGGAACGACUUGGAUAUAGGUCAUGUACUGGCUGAUUUAGCCACCCUGUGGGUUCUUAUUCAUGUACCAUAGAGUACAUUGUAAAACAUUCAUCUAAUUGAAGUAUUAUUAAUUAAUCUCGCA